AUGGGUGUCGCAAAGGACAACGAAGUUGCGCCAAUUCGAAUUAUUGGAGAAAUUGGAGAGUGAGUUGAAUAUGGAACAUUUCUCUUGAGAUUGCGCCAUUUUCAGUUAUGAUCUAUCCGAUAGUGGCGACGAGAUUGCAUUCCAUGCUCGUCAAAUUUCUGUUGAACAACUUAAUCAAAUCCCGAUUGGUCGAAAACAUGCAAUGUCGCCAAGAAAACCAAAAACAUUCCGCGAAGAAGUCGAAACUGGCGGUGUAAAUGUGAAAAGAAAUAUGGGAUCAAGAAAAUGGAGACGUGUUGAACUUGCUAGAAAUAUGCUGAACUUCACUGAAUUGGAAGAUAUCUGCGAAGAUUUCUCCGAUGUUUUCCAUCAACCAUAUUCUGCAUUCGACAAGCUUUUUGCUGAUCGACAAAAUAUGAAAAAAUGGAAUGAUUUUAUUGAAAAAGAUGAAGUUGAACAACGCAAAAUAUUAGAAAAUGGUGGAAAUGAUAUUCAAGAAGAACAAAGUGGAAGCGGAUGGGCUGUUUUAGGUGGAAAAACAUUCACUCCAACAAAGAAAACUACUCCAAGAAAAACUACGGACGAAUCGCCAGAUAAAAGAAAACGUUAGUUAUUGGGUAAUUAAUUGAAAUCUUAUUAUUCGUUUUUAGAUCAUCCAGCAUAUUCUGGAAAAGCUUGUUUCGAUCGAAUUGAUUCAAGAGGAAAAGGAACCCUGAUGGGAAGAAGAGUCAAUUGGGCUCUAAUCGAUCAUCUCGAAACGGAACUUCGUUCUUUAUUCUCAAUGAAUACAACUCCAACACUUUCUGAUGCUGAUACUAUAUUUGUUGCUCAUUAUCCGGCAUCAUCUGAUCGUUUUCUGGCUCAUAUAAUCUCUCAAUAUUUAUGGCUAACAUCUCAAAGUGUGACUGAUCCAUCAACUGGUGAUCGAAUCACUGAAAUACGCAAUCCUCGAACUUAUUUCAUUCCUCCACAUGUUCGAUUGAUAAAUUAUCUCGAAGAAAAUGUUGUCAAGAAAAAGAUUGAUUUUAUACCAUAUUCGAUGCGGGAAGUUGAAGUUGAAUCUGAAAAUGGAAAUGGUAUGUUUUUGUCAGAAUAAAAAGAUGUUUUAAGCGUGACAUCUUAUUAUAAUUUGGAUUUCAGUUUUAUUUAGAAAUUUCAUCCGUGCAUUUUCAUAGUUUUCUGUUUCAGAUUCACUUGCCAUUUCCGAAGAACUCAAUCAAUUAAACAUCUCAACAUGUUCUGAUGAUGAAUGGGUCAAUGUUCACAAUAAAUCGACAUAG